AAUAUACUCUCUCGUGUUACCGAGCGAUCGAUAUGUCGCGACGAUCCAGAUUCGGUCAGCGCGUAUCCAGGAGAAGAGGAAUUAUCCGCGGAUAAGGAUCGAUACGAGGAAGAUAAUCUCUCCUAAAUGCGGAUGAAACACAGGAUGAGCUCUAGAUGCGAAUGUUAUUGAUAUUUAUCUUUAAUAUUCUUGCGCAAGUGCAUUGAUAUAGAAUAGAUUAUAGACAAAAUGCAUACUUCCAGGUAUGCUGGUUAUCACAUUAGCACAAAUCGUGAUUACAUUACAGAUGGAGAAGAGAGCCAUAGAGCUCCUUCAGAUCGUACCGUGUCCGAAUAUAUCGUUGCCAACGAACAUGCUACCAUGGUAAAACCAAUAACAACAAAUCAUGCAGACAGAUAUGACAGAGAAGACAAAAGAUCCAGAAGCGUGCACAAUACUCGCGAUUCAGUAUUGUCUGGAUCUUCGAAACAUAGUUUACAUCCGCUUAACAAAAGUGCCUCGCAUGGUAGCAUUUGUGACAAUGGUUCAGAUAUAUAUGUCACCAGUGCUGCAUAUAGAGCCACUUCUGACAUAAGUCGGGUAUCACGCCAUAGUCUAACACCAAGCUCUAGAUUAGAUCACAGAGCGCCUAGUCACUACAGUUAUGGUUCCGGCAGAUCGGGUACUUCGACAGUGAAAACUCGUACAUCACGAAAAGGUGGUAUAAUUGUGGAAACUAUGUCAACACCCAAUCCAUUCUGUCCAAAUACUAAGGGUGUCUGUUGCCUCAUGUUACUUCUUAAUCUUGGCUUGAUCCUGGUUACUCUAGGCUUUGUUAUCGUCAUACAAUUCUUCCAACCAUUAGUUGUUUGGAUCUUAGGAAUAGUAUUUCUAGUGUUUGGAUUUUUGACAUUGAUUGGAAGUCUCGUAUAUUGUGUACAUGUGUUCAGAAAUGCCAAACACCCUCAUGAUAUCAAUCCAGAAGAUUUAUAUUGGACCCAUUAUUGGCAAGGUCGUGUUGGUUCUACAGCACCUGAAGUUUAUUAUAAAGCGGAAGAUAAAUAUCAGGAUGAUGGCUAUAGUGAUCGAUAUAGCAAAUAUUCGGGAAAGUAUUAUGACAGGCAAAAUCAGAGAUAUUGAUCAAAAUAUAAAGAAUAACAUUAAUUAUUCAUUAAAGUAUUAAUCACUCUGACAACCUUUAAUUCUAUAAAGUAUUUUGGAAACCAAUGAUAAAUAAAAAACUAAUCUCUGUGCAAUAAAUUUACUACUUAUAUUUUUGUAUAUAUAGAUAUUGUACUAACAC